UGACUAGUGACGUCAGACAAGAUACGCAAAUGGCAGGACACAGCUGGGAACUUAUGCCCAGUGUCAUAAUUGUGGAAAUACUUUCGUAUCUUGCAUUGAAGGACAGAUUACAUGCGUCAUUAGUCUGUAGAAGAUGGAGAUCUUAUUUGUUCCAAGCUAAAUUGUGGCCUAAGCUUUCGGUUUGCCUGCGUAGAAACCGCAGACAAAAGAACAAAUUUUUGGCAGACGUUUGCGGACGUUUUGUACGCGAAUGCGCAAUUUAUUUCGACCCCCACGAUGGCGAGGAAUUGAAAGAUUGUUACAAAAUACUUCAGAUACUUUGUGAUAAUAAGAAUCUACAAGUUCUGCAGUUACAGCCUCGUAGUUGUCAUAUAGAAUGGACAGAAACCGUGACCAGUGGCAGGUUUGCGCAGCGGCUUGAAUGCAUAAUUAGGACAAGCAGGAAGUUGAGGCAUGUGUCACUGGGUUGUUCUGAGGAGAUUCUGGCACAUUCCGGAUACUUCCUGGACAGACUGUCAAGUCUUCACGGUAACUCUCUAGAGGCACUCCAUCUGGCCAGUGUAAAGGAAGACUCUGACAAUUACGGUAUUGUAGACUUAGAUGUUUACAAGUUUCGGACUUUCACCAGCCUGAAGCACUUGAGCAUAGAUUACGACUUUCUGGAUAAUCAGUUGCUUCAUAUCUUCUCAGAACCCAGUAGACAGCCACUGGAAACUUUGAAUAUCCAUGUGCAUGGAGUAGGCCCUGAGCAUGAGAAUGUUACCAAUGCUUCUUGGCGGCAGUUUUCCAAUCACAAUAAACGCAUUGAAGUUACAAUCAAUUUGAUACAUUCCUACACUGGUGUGUCAAAACUUCUAGACAUUUUGAAGCAAAAUCUCCCGCUGACACAUUUCAGACAAUUCUUUUGCUCAAAUAUUAAUGUUCCUGCUUUGGGAUUGAUGGCCAACUCUUACUGCAACACAUUAAAGUCUGUACACAUUGUUGAUGGUUUUGAGCAAGGUGUGCCGGCAGUUUACGAAGUGACCACAGAUGAAGAUCCAUUUGUCAUGAUGGCAUGGAAAUGCUUGAAUCUGUCUCACUUCACUCUGAUUGGUUACGAGAUGUCAGACCAUGAUGUGGUGGCUAUUGCACGUCUGAGAGGAGAGGGUCUCCAAGAACUACACAUUCCAGCCUCGUGUGUGCACUGGGUGGAUGAAGACAACAUAGAAGUUGUUGGAAAUAUUGACCCAGAAUUUGCAGAAAUGAUCUCAUCAAGUUUAAGGAGGACAUGGAAGCCCUUGGAGGAUGACCAGUUACCGGAUGCCGUGUUUGAUGACUGGGCGGAUGCUGAAGUGGCCUACAAUGAUAUAUUGCUGAAGGACCAACAGUACAGAAAACCUGUAAAUGGAACUUCUGGAACAGUUACAUCUAGUUAGAGACCUUUCAUGUGAUAACAAACACAAUGUUUGAUCUAUUGUGAUAAAAAAAAUGAGUGCUGGAGUUGACAUUCGUAUUGAAUACAUUUCUCCAACAACAAAAUAUUCUAGUCCAACUUUGAUGACCACGUCGUCAGCCAGUGGAAUAACUACAACGAGCUUUCAAGAACUUAAUAUUGUUUUAGUUGAAUUGCUAAAUUUUAUGCGUUUAUUACAUACAAAUAAUUUUGUUGACAUAUUUAUAUAUUUGUUCCAUCACAUGAUGUUGAAAUUAUGAUUCCGCCAUUGCCAUCUUUUAUACGCUUUACAAGAAGAAUUAAGAGAUGGAGAAAUUAGUCCACGUUGUUUGUAUAUUUAUGUAAUGAUCUUGUUACAUCGUUUUAAAAAAGUUCCACAAUUAGCUGCCUCACAUGUUUGUAAUUUUGAAAAAAAGAAAUUAUAUAACACGAAAGUUUCUAUCCUUAAAAGGGGACACCUCCAGAUAGUCAUAAAAAAAUAUGCAGAUAGAAGUGUAUAUUCUAGAUAUAUCGAACAUCAUGUUGCAGUUAAAAGUUGAUUUUUAUUUAUAUAAAACACAUUUCUAUUGUUUGUCUGACACUAGAGUUCUUAUCUAUAUAUCUUCAGAGAUUUUGCUUUUACUUACAGUACAAUCAAUAGAAAGCACAUUUGAAAUUUAAAAAAGGGCAAAUCUGGAUGGGUGCCCCUUUAAGGAUUUUGUAUAUAAUGUAUAAAUAUGUGUACAUUUUCGGUUUUAACCUUGUUUUUUUGUGUGCUUCUCUUUGUUCACAUAUUUAUUGUAUGAUAUCACAUGACCAGAUACCCUUAUUGAUAAUUCAAGGUUUAAAUAAUUAAGAUUUAAAUCAAAUUCAUUCUGCACCAUUGCUUAAACAGAUUUUUAUUAUGUUAUUAUGGCAAAACACUCUUUGUCACUGGGGUGAUGGAAUUUUUGGCACAUUUUAAAUAGAAGCUUGGUAUUCAUAUUUCUGUGACAUUAUUGUAAUUAUUACAGUUGAAAUUUUGUUUAAUAAAUAAUUGUUCAGUAAUAGUUUGUUAUCAAAGUCUUAGGAGAGAAACUUCUUUAAUAGACAUUUUUAUUUUCUGCUUUAGAGAGGAAUUUUGUAACAGAAUUAGUGGAAAGAAAGUACAUUCUGGUCCUGAUCGGGAUGAGGUGUCAAACUCAAAACUUCUAAUUUUAGUGCUGUUUAAAUUAUGAAUGUUAGUCUUUUCUGUUUGUAAGUUAUUUAUUGUUAUGUUUCCUACCACUUUUUGGUAAGUUAUGUAAAGUGCUGGAAUAAAAGAGUUCUCAGUAAGUUGUGUGAAAUCAUUUUAAAAUAUUUGAGGGUGGGGAUUAAUGUUUGUGGUUGCCUCUGUUCACAAAAUCUUGACAAAUAAAAGAUAUUUCUGUUAUUUUUUCUUAAGAAUUUGAAAUCCAUGAAUUCUUGUCCCAGCAAAAUAGCGGUAAAACAAAAUUUCGUGCUUAUGAAAUUAACUGAUUUUACAGUUACAGAAAAAUUUCAGUAUGUAUGCAUGUAUGUAUAGUAACUUUCUAAUACUUGAUAAUAUCUAAGCAUCAGCUAAAAAUCUAUGAUAAAAAUUAGUUUGUGCAAAUGUCUACUGUUUAGAAAUCUUUCUUGAAUUGUGGCAUUAUUUUCAAGAUCCAGAUAUAAACUAUAUAUUUAUUUAUCGAUCUCUUAGGCUGGUAGUAUGAUCUUUUUGACUUCUUGAAAUAUUUUUUAUAAUAUGAAUUUCAUGGCCCAAAACAUAUUUUUCCCACUGUAAAAUAAAAAUUGGGCAAAAUCAGAACUUGCAAAUACAUUUUUAAAAGAUUUUUUGAAAAAAAAAAAGAUUUUACAAAAUUUUGGCAUGGGAAUGUUCAUUUAUUGCAAACUUCUGAUAUUUCAAAAAGUUUUUACAUAAAAAAGUUUGGGAAAGUACUCUAUCAAAGACAUGAAGUUUUUGACAAAACUAAUCAAGAUAUUUUGAAAACUUAAUGAACACCUAUUACUAUCCUGAAAGAGUUCAUAGUAUCUGUGAUUUUGUCUUGUAUUCGAAUCAAAAUCAGGGGAAAAAACUUUUGUUAUGGAAAAGUUGGAGUAAACAGUAACUUAAAACAAGCAUGUGUCCACCAUUUUGGUUUGCUGAAUUUAAACAGUUCAUGAUCAUUUAAGGAGUUCAUAAAACAAACUUACUCUACAUCAAUUUCUGUUUUGAAAAAUGCCUGAACAUCAGUAUUGAAUUCAUGCCAAAUGUGGUCUGGAUACUAGUACAUCAAGCACAUGAUAUUGAAUAUGUAAAUUAGAACACCAUAACAUGUUGAAUUGUAUUUUUUUCAGCCAUUAAUAAUAUGAGAGAGAUCUGUAUUUUGUGUAUUGCUAUUUAUUGCUUGAAAAUAGGAAAUACAUUCCAAAGUUAUUUCUUGCAAUUUUUCUGACUAUUUAUCAUCAAGUUAUUUUUAGCUCACCUGUCACAAAGUGACAAGGUGAGCUUUUGUGAUCGCGCGGUGUCCGUCGUCCGUCCGUCCGUCCGUAAACUUUUGCUUGUGACCACUCUAGAGGUCAUAUUUUUCAUGGGAUCUUUAUGAAAGUUGGUCAGAAUGUUCAUCUUGAUGAUAUCUAGGUCAAGUUCGAAAUUGGGUCACGUGCCUUCCAAAACUAGGUCAGUAGGUCUAAAAAUAGAAAAACCUUGUGACCUCUCUAGAGGCCAAAUAUUUCACAAGAUCUUCAUGAAAAUUGGUCAGAAUGUUCACCUUGAUGAUAUCUAGGUCAGGUUCGAAACUGGGUCACGUGCCGUCAAAAACUAGGUCAGUAGGUCUAAAAAUAGAAAAACCUUGUGACCUCUCUAGAGGCCAUAUAUUUCACAAGAUCUUCAUGAAAAUUGGUCAGAAUGUUCACCUUGAUGAUAUCUAGGUCAAGAUCGAAACUGGGUCACGUGCCCUCAAAAACUAGGUCAGUAGGUCUAAAAAUAGAAAAACCUUGUGACCUCUCUAGAGGCCAUAUAUUUCACAAGAUCUUCAUGAAAAUUGGUCAGAACGUUCAUCUUGAUGAUAUCUAGGUCAAGUUCGAAACUGGGUCACGUGCCAUGAAAAACUAGGUCAGUAGGUCAAAUAAUAGAAAAACCUUGUGACCUCUCUAAAGGCCACAUUUUUCAUGGGAUCUGUAUGAAAGUUGGUCUGAAUGUUCAUCUUGAUGAUAUCUAGGUCAAGUUCGAAAUUGGGUCACGUGCGGUCAAAAACUAGGUCAGUAGGUCUAAAAAUAGAAAAACCUUGUGACCUCUCUAGAGGCCAUAUAUUUCAUGAGAUCUUCAUGAAAAUUGGUCAGAAUGUUCACCUUGAUGAUAUCUAGGUCAGGUUCGAAAGUGGGUCACGUGCCUUCAAAAACUAGGUCAGUAGGUCAAAUAAUAGAAAAACCUUGUGACCUCUCUAGAGGCCAUAUUUUUCAUGGGAUCUGUAUGAAAGUUGAUCUGAAUGUUCAUCUUGAUGAUAUCUAGGUCAGUUUCGAAAGUGGGUCACAUGCCUUCAAAAACUAGGUCAGUAGGUCAAAUAAUAGAAAAACCUUGUGACCUCUCUAAAGGCCAUAUUUUUCAUGGGAUCUGUAUGAAAGUUGGUCUGAAUGUUCAUCUUGAUGAUAUCUAGGUCAAGUUCGAAACAGGGUCAUGUGCGGUCAAAAACUAGGUCAGUAGGUCUAUAAAUAGAAAAACCUUUUGACCUCUCUAGAGGCCAUACUUGUGAAUGGAUCUCCAUAAAAAUUGGUCAGAAUGUUCACCUUGAUGAUAUCUAGGUCAGGUUUGAAACUGGGUCACUUGCCUUAAAAAACUAGGUCAGUAGGUCAAAUAAUAAAAAAACCUUGUGACCUCUCUAGAGGCCAUACUUUUCAUGGGAUCUGUAUGAAAGUUGGUCUGAAUCUUCAUCUUGAUGAUAUCUAGGUCAAGUUUGAAACUGGGUCACAUGCGGUCAAAAACUAGGUCAGUAGGUCUAAAAUUAUUAAAAUCUUUUGACCUCUCUAGAGGCCAUAUUUUUCAAUGGAUCUUCAUGAAAAUUGAUCUGAAUGUUCACCUUGAUGAUAUCUAGGCCAUACUUUUCAUGGGAUCUGUAUGAAAGUUGGUCUGAAUCUUCAUCUUGAUGAUAUCUAGGUCAAGUUUGAAACUGGGUCACGUGCGGUCAAAAACUAGGUCAGUAGGUCUAAAAUUAUUAAAAUCUUUUGACCUCUCUAGAGGCCAUAUUUUUCAAUGGAUCUUCAUGAAAAUUGAUCUGAAUGUUCACCUUGAUGAUAUCUAGGUCAGUUUCGAAAUUGGGUCAUGUGCGGUCAAAAACUUGGCCAGUAGGUAUAAAAAUAGAAAAACCUUGUGACCUCUCAGAGGCCAUAUUUUUCAUGAGAUCUUCAUGAAAAUUAGUGAGAAUGUUCACCUUGAUGAUAUCUAGGUAAAAUUCAACACAGGGUCACGUACCUUCGAAAACUAGGUCAAUAGGUUAAAUAAUAGAAAAACCUUGUGACCUCUCUAGAGACCAUAUUUUUCAAUGGAUCUUCUUGAAAAUUGGUCAGAAUUUUUAUCUUGAUAAUAUCUAGGUCAAGUUCAAAACUGAGUCACAUGAGCUCAAAAACUAGGUCACUAUGUCAAAUAAUAGAAAAAACGACGUCAUACUCAAAACUGGGUCAUGUGGGAAGAGGUGAGCGAUUCAGGACCAUCAUGGUCCUCUUGUUCUUUUGAAGUGAUGAUAUCUAAUAAUUGUUUGUGAAUUGUUUAAUACUCUGUAUUUCCUUUGAUCUCAGUUUCAGUUCUGUUUAAUUAUGAAAAAAACUGUUGAUUUUAGAAGAUCUGUAUGAUUUUCGUGUUGUGUUAUUUAAAAAUCAUUAUGACACUUCUGUGGCUGAGUGGUUACGGUUGCUGACUUCAUGUCACUUGCCCCUUGCCUAUUUGGGUUUGAGUGCUACAUGAGGCAUAGAGUUCUUUCUGUGAGGAAGCCGCCUCGCUGGCUUACUGACAGCCGGUGGUUCUAUCCAGGUGCCCGCCCGUGAUGACAUGACAUCAGGAGGGACUCCUGGGGUCUUGUGCUGUAAAGUUGCCGUAUGACUUCAGUUGUGUUGGUGAGACGUUAAACCCCCAACAGAACAAAUACAGAGAUUUUUUUUUCAUGCUAAAAUUUAUUGUUAUGCUGGUUUAAACCUUUUCAAAUGUAAUACAUAUCAGGACUAUUUCAGUUGAUAAAUUAAGUUUAGUUUAAGUUGAUUUUAUUCAAUUUUAUAACUGUGGUACUGAUUGUUCAAACAUUUUUUGAAAAAAAAACAAAAUUCUGAAAAAUAAUUUUCUUUGUCAUUUGAGAAAUAUUUUAGCUUGUGAUAUUGUGUGUAUUUGGCAACAUGAUCGAGCAGACUUUUUUAUAAAAUGUAAAUAUAAUUGGUUAGUAAUAUGGAAGUGUUUUAUUAGAACAAGAGUGUAUGAGGGAGAUUGUGUAACUUCAUAUUUAUUUAUUUAUAUUUGAUAUUGUAAUCUUGUAGUUAGCCUACAGGCUGCAUUCUUGCGAGAUUUAAGUCAAAUAGUGGAUGAAAAAUCAAAAUCCUGUUUAUCCAAAAAAAAAAAAUUGAUUUUCACCGUUAAGUGACAAACACAACUAGGAUGAGUCAAUAUUUUAACGAUUUUGCUGAUGACUUACGUAAGCUAGUUGGGUAUUACACAUAUAGGAUUUCUAAAGUUUCCUUAUUGUUAAAACUACUAGUUAAGACUAUCAAAAUAUCAACAUAGAUUUACAACUUUGUAUAUUGUGAGGUAAAAGAUUUAUAGUAAAAAUUUAUCAAAUAAAAAGAAAAGGGAUAACUUAAGAAAAUUUUAUAACAAUUAGGGAACAUUUUUCAUGAGAAAGCACCUUAAUCUGCUCUGAACUGUUAGUUUACACAGAUUUUAAGCUUUGUAGUGUUAGUUCUCUCCCGUUGCUUCCAGUUUAUUCACCUUUGUCCAGUUUCUUCCCUUUAGUCUAGUUUCUUUCCUUUAGUCCAGUUUCUUUCCUUUUGUUCUGUUUCUUUUGUGCCAUUCGCAUUUGUUUUGUCUGUUGCAUUAGAAAAUCAAUCGAGUAUGGUGGGCUUGUUGUAUAUUAUUACUGUAGACAUAUUCUAUCUCACUCAUCACAGAUUUUUGUGAAGAUCAAAAAUAUAUGGAAAUCUUUUUAUCAAGAAAUAUUUUGUUCAAGUGGGCAUUAAGGUAGAGCAUUUGACUUACAUAAAUGCUGCUUAAGUAUAAGUGCAUUCUAAUAACUACUCGUGCUUAGAAUUUUCCAAUAGAAUGUCUUACUUACUGCUUAUUUUAUGCUCUUUGUGUAAGAUAUUGUUAUGUAAAAAUCUAUGAAUGUAAGAAAAGAGAAAAUUUAGAUUGAUUGUUAGAUCAUCUGUGAAACAUUUGCCUUCAUUGCAUUUUUAAUAACUCGUAUGAAAUGGGAGCUUUAAUAGCACAUGGAAUGGAAGCUGUGUAUAUUCUUUGUUCAUUCAUCUAUGAAGCAGUUGCUUUAUCAGCACCUGGGCUGGAAGUCUUGUAUAUGUUGCUUUCACACAUCUAUGAAGCAGUUUCUUUAAUAGCACCUAGGAUGGAAGUCUUGUACAUCCUAUAAUAACUCAUCUAUGAAACAGUAGCUUUAAUAUCACAUGCAGUUGAAGCCUUGUGCGUUCUUAUUCACUAAUGUAUGAAGCAGUUGCUUUAAUAUCACAUGUAUGAAACUUUUAUAUUGCAUUGAAAGGAAGUAUUGUAAUUCUUGUGCGAUAUUUAUUACUGAUACUGCUUUUUUCACAUUGAAAAUUUGAUUCUCUACAGCAUUUUAUUGUGCUUAACGUUUUACAUAGCUAUUAAAAGUGCUCAAGAAUUGAAAUAUAUUGAUUUAAAAAUAUAUGAGCCGUGCCAUGAGAAAACCAACAUAGUGGGUUUGCGACCAGCAAGGAUCCAGACCAGCCUGCGCAUCCGCGCAGUCUGGUCAGGAUCCAUGCUGUUCGCUAACAGUUUCUCUAAUUGCAGUAGGCUUUAAAAGCGAACAGCAUGGAUCCUGACCAGACUGCGCGGAUGCGCAGGCUGGUCUGGAUCCAUGCUGGUCGCAAACCCACUAUGUUGGUUUUCUCACGGCACGGCUCAUAUUCAGAUACAAGUCAGUUACAAAGUUCAACUUAGGACUGCAUUCUGCAUUAACUCAUCAUAUCUCUUUGUCUCGCAGAUUAUUCAACAUGCAUGUAUUGGUUUUGUGACGUAUUGGUUCUGCAUGCUUUUUUCUCAAAAUAGAGAAUGCAUAUAUUUUUGCACUUUGUCUAUAAUUAUUCGAGAUAAUGCUAGCAGAUCAAAUAUUGAUAAAGUUUCAAGCUGGAACUGUUGUUUUGUCAGCAAUUGCUCAAAGUGUCUGUCUCAGAUGAAUAGAUAUUUUUAUUUAAGCAAUUGUUCAUGGUUUUAAGUGCUUGACUGAAUUUCUAAAGGUAGAUUACGUAUGUGUUAAGUCACGGGUUUCAGUGGAACUAUUGAAUAAAGAAAAUUAACCAUACCCUGGCAUUUUGUGAAAAGAGGAUGAUUGAUAAAAAAUAAACACCAUUGAUAGAAAAUAAACACUAUUGAUAGAAAAAAAAACACUUGAAAAGAGUUAGAUGUUUCGAACAUGAUUUUUUACAGGAACAGAAAAGAAUAUAAAUUUUAUUGAACAUUUUUUGGCUUUCUGACAUAAAUUUUGUAAUGUCAUAGCCUUGUGCAAAAGCGAAAUGUAAAAUUUUUGUUAAGAUCAUUGAAAGGACAAACUUAUAAAUGGAAGUUUUCUUUCUUCACAAAAACUUAACUUUUAAUGACUUUGUGUUUGAUGCUACAAAGAGUUUAUUUUUAAAUUGGGUCAUUUUGGCAAGCUUUAAAAGAAAAUGCUUAGUAAAAUGGUGAGAUGGUGAGGAGGGGUAGAAAUACAAUGUGUUUUUAGAAUUUUGAAAAAAAAAUGACAUUUAUUGAUCGUAAUGAAUUAUUUUAUCUGAUAUAAAUGGAAGACUAAGAGAAGUUAACUCUAGUGUUAUAAGAAACUAUUGAAUGUUUCAAUGUUAUAUUCGUUGGAAAAAUAAUGCUCCUAAAUGAGAAAAAUAUAGUGCAUGGAAAUAUUAGUUUGUGUAACUAUCAUUCAUUUUCUAAGUGUUAAAUGUUUUCUACACAAAAGUUUGUAUAUCUGCAGUAGUUCCUUCAUUACAAUGCACAGCGUUGUAUAAUUAUGCAUUUUUUUGUGUGGAAAAAUAUGUAUUAAUUAUAAUAGCAAAUUAUGAGGUACUGCAAAAAAUGCGUUAAAUAGUUGUAUACAGUCCUAAAAUUUAUUGAUGUAAUAUCAGGUUUUUGUUGUUGUCAAAGUUUGGACUUUUGUAUGUAGCAUAGGACCAUGUACUAUGUAGUUUGUACAUCAGAUUGAUUCUAUGUAAAUUUUGGGAUUUAAUCAUUUUGUUUUGAUCAUGAAAAUGUAAAUAUGUAGUUUCUAUUGUUUUAACUUAAUAUCAGGGUCAAAACAUGAGCGACCAAAAUAUUUUAAAAUGUUAAUUGCCAUUGAAAACCAAUGUCUUUCAGAAACAUCACUUGUUAAGAACAUUAUAUAUUAGUAUCCAAAGCAUUUGAAUAACAUGUUACUAAGGUUCAAAUAUUAUUAAUAUCUAUACAAGCCAUUUUUUUCAGGGUUUGGAUAGUUUCUGAUAUUUGUGAUAAUUACCUCCCUUGACAAAUUUGGCGGCCAUUUUGAGACAGUGUGAGAUAUUAGCAAUGAUAUUAUAAAUAAAUUUGUCAUGAUUAUCCCUAUAUGUCAUAGUUCGUACAUAACAAGGAGGUAGGAAAAGAUACUUUAUGAGCAAACAAUAUUUCGGACUUUCUUCGGAAAUUAUUUCUGAUGUACAGCACUGUUAUUUCUGGAAAAAAAAGGAAUUAUUGCCAUGAUAUAAGAUCUACACUGAAAAAAGGAUCCAUUUCUUACACACAUCUAGUGACUCCAGUUAAUAUUAUUUCAAAAGAAUCAGGCAAUAUAUAAGCUCCUUUUAAAUGUAAGGAAGAAAACAUGCCAUUGCAGGUGCCUCUCUACAGAACAGUUUGUUUGAAAAUUGGGGAAGGAUAACAUAGAGAAAAGAUUACCUUAAUUAACUUCAGCUAUUUUUGUAUUGUUUGGUAUAAUGAUGUUGUUUUAGUGAUUUUUGGAUAUUGUAUUGCUAAAUUGUAUUAGAAAAUGUCCCGAGCUUUUAGCUUGCACAGGUAUAGAGAUCAGAGGUGAGGUAUUGUGAUUUCACCUUUCCCAAGACCUUUCCACUUUGUUGCAACUUUUUCUAAUAUUUUCUAUAAUGAACUUGACCAUCUUUCAAUUUGGACUUUAGCAUUAACUGUUAAAAGGGGUGCUUCAAAAAGAUACUGACUGAAUAGCGAACAUUGCAGAUUUUGAUCAGACUGCAUGGAUGUGCAGGCUGAUCAUGAUCUACACUGGUCGCAAAGGCAGAAUCAAUGGUGUCCAGCAUGCAAAGGGUUUAAACAACAUUGGUACUCAGAAUUGUGCCAAACUUGUUAUAAACUAUUCUGGCAUUAACCCCACUCCGAUAUUUUUCGUUUAGGACGUUUUUCACAGUAUACACGUUUUUUUUUUCUUGUAUUUUAUUCCUGGUCAAUAAAGGUCAUAAAUCUGCAUUUUUUCUUGAUCCAUCUUUGAUAGCAUUUAAAAUGUGUAAAAAGGUGAAAUUUGGUGCAUUAAGGUGGCCAUUUACAGUUGCUUCUUGCCACAAAAAAUAAUCUUAGAUCUUCGAAAAUGCAAAUUCAUAAAACAUUUUGUGUAAAAUAAGCCUGUCAUAAGUUGACUUCGAAAGAAGAAAGAAAGAAGAGAAAAGAAGAAAAAAUUGUGUUCAAGGCCACAUCAGGCAACUUCAUUACAUGUGCUCGUAACUUCAUAAGUGCAUGUUAACAUCACUGCAUUGACUGAACACAUCAGAAGUCUUAUAGUAUUCACUUCAAAUUAAAUUCAACUCACUGCCUGAAAUUGUUCAAGAAUGUUUUCUAGCCGUUUGAUAUUUAGAAUUGACAUUUCCAGUCUCUGAUGUUGAUAACUAUAUUUGAGCCGCUCCAUGAGAAAACCAGCAUAGUGCGUUUGCGACCAGCAUGGAUCAAAACCAGCAUGCGCAUCCUUGCAGUCUGGUCAGGAUCCAUGCUGUUCGUUUUCAAAGCCUAUUACAAUUAGAGAAUAGUUAGGGAACAGCAUGGAUCCAUGCUAGUCGCAAAUGCACUAUGUUGGUUUUUUCAUGGUGUGGCUCAUAUAUUGAGGAAGCUCUGCAAAGUGGGAACAAGCUAUCACCUAAAUAUUUAAAACAUAUUAUAGUGCUUUUUUUAUGACACUUUACCGGUUGACAUUCAAAUUAUCAGGAAUAGCAGAGAUUCAUUUUAUUGUAUUUGAAACUUGUUAAAACUAUUUUACAGAUAUCACUGUGCUUCUGCCAGUAUAUAGGCAUUUAUUAAAUGAUUGUCAAAGUCAGACCAAAUUAAGGUGAGUCGGGACAGACAUCGUAUUCCUGGACUCUUAUCAAUCUAAACAAGUCUGCAUAAUGUCAUGAAACAUCGGUAUAGAGAAAUAUUUGACUUAAAUUACUCUUUCAAAAAUUGUUUUUUGUUGGCAAUUUCUUAUUUAAAGGGACCAUGUAAUAAAUCAAAGAGUUAUUAAUUCUUGUUAUUCUUAAGGAUGUUAAAAACUGUUUUGUAAUGUUUGCUUACAAGCAUUAAUUGAUCAGUACAUUUGUACCAUAAGUGAGAAUUGUCAUUAUUCUUGUCUUAACAGAGUUUAAAGCGGAAUGUAUAAAUGAUUUUCAGUGCCAUUAUGCAUAAUUUAGCAGUAAAAGCUCAAGGUCCCUCCAGUUUGUAGAAAAUAGUGAGUGGAGUGGUCACGAGUUUAAUCACUGGGUGAGAUGUAGGUUCACCAUGACAAGUUUACUGAUGACAAUAUGUCUGUAGUCAUUCAUACUCCACUUGAGAAUCAUGUGGGGAAAUUGUCGGUUACUUUCAAAGAACAAGCAAAUGCUGUGCUUCGCCAUUUUAAGUCAUCAGAUAUAAAAAAGGGUAAAUUAUCUAAAUGCUGUGUAACUGUAACAGCUCAUGUUUUGAGGAAAAUUCAAAUUAUAGAAAAUUCUUCUUCAGAUCAAUGUAAAAAUGUUUAUAUAUUGCUCGCCAUUUCACCAACAAAAAGCAUGACCACUAUCUAAUUCCCUGACAACUUCAUAAAGAUCUAGUUCUUGGAAUUUUAAUGCAGCAUUUUGAUACAAUAUUAUUACUAUACUUCAUUUUUAUGUCCAGUGCAAAUCUCCCAUAUAACAAAUGUUAGAUAUUGUUACUAUUUCUGUCAAAAAUAACAUUAUUUUGGUUGGUCUAUUUUUAGCAAAAUAUUACUACUGAAUGUGUUGACAGUAGUUAGUGUCGGAAUCAAUGGGAGUUCUGCAAGCCUUUUUUUAGCUCACCUGUCACAAAGUGACAAGGUGAGCUUUUGUGAUCGCGCGGUGUCCGUCGUCCGUACGUGCGUCCGUAAACUUUUGCUUGUGACCACUCUAGAGGUCACAUUUUUCAUGGGAUCUUUAUGAAAGUUGGUCAGAAUGUUCAUCUUGAUGAUAUCUAGGUCAAGUUCGAAACUGGGUCACGUGCCAUCAAAAACUAGGUCAGUAGGUCUAAAAAUAGAAAAACCUUGUGACCUCUCUAGAGGCCAUAUAUUUCAAAAGAUCUUCAUGGAAAUUGGUCAGAAUGUUCACCUUGAUGAUAUCUAGAUCAAGUUCGAAACUGGGUCACCUGGGGUCAAAAACUAGGUCAGUAGGUCUAAAAAUAGAAAAACCUUGUGACCUCUCUAGAGGCCAUAUUUUUCAUGAGAUCUUCAUGAAUAUUAGUCAGAAUGUUUAUCUUGAUGAUAUCUAGGUCAAGUUCGAAACUGGGUCACGUAGGGUCAAAAACUAGGUCAUUAGGUCUAAAAAUAGAAAAACCUUGUGACCUCUCUAGAGGCCAUAUUUCUCAAUGGAUCUUCAUGAAAAUUGGUCAGAAUGUUCAUCUUGAUGAUAUCUAGGUGAAGUUCGAAACUGGGUCAGGUGGGGUUAAAAACUAGGUCAGUAGAUCUAAAAAUAGAAAAACCUUGUGACCUCUCUAGAGGCCAUAUUUUUCAUGAGAUCUUCAUGAAUAUUGGUCAGAAUGUUCACCUUGAUGAUAUCUAGGUCAAGUUCAAAACUGGGUCAUGUGGGGUCAAAAACUAGGUCAGUAGAUCUAAAAAUAGAAAAACCUUGUGACCACUCUAGAGGCCAUAUUUCUCAAUGGAUUUUCAUGAAAAUUGGUCAGAAUGUUCACCUUGAUGAUAUCUAGGUCAAGUUCUAAACUGGGUCACGUGCGGUCAAAAACUAGGUCAGUAGGUCUAAAAAUAGGAAAACCUUGUGACCUCUCUAGAGGCGAUAUUUUUCAAUGGAUCUUCAUGAAAAUUAGUCAGAAUGUUGACCUUAAAGAUAUCCAGGUCAAGUUCGAAACUGGGUCACGUGGGUUUAAAAACUAGGUCAGUAGAUCUUAAAAUAGAAAAACCUUGUGACCUCUCUAGAGGCCAUAUUUUUCAUGAGAUCUUCAUAAAUAUUGGUCAGAAUGUUCAUCUUGAUGAUAUCUAAGUCAAAUUCGAAACUGGGUCACGUUGGGUCAAAAACUAGGUCAGUAGGUCUAAAAAUAGAAAAAACCUUGGGACCUCUCUAGAGGCCAUAUUUCUCAAUGGAUCUUCAUGAAAAUUGGUGAGAAUGUUCAGCUUGAUGAUAUCUAGGUCAGGUUCGUAACUGGGUCAUGUGCGGUCAAAAACUUGGUCAGUAUGUCGAAAAAUAGAAAAACCUUGUGACCUCUCUAGAGGCCAUAUUUUUCACGAGAUCUUCAUGAAAAUUGGUGAGAAUGUUCACCUUGAUGAUAUCUAGGUCAAGUUUAAAAGUGGGUCACGUGCCUUCAAAAACUAGGUCAUUAGGUCAAAUAAUAGAAAAACCUUGUGACCUCUCUAGAGGCCAUAUUUUUCAAUGGAUCUUCAUGAAAAUUGGUAAGAAUUUUUUAUCUUGAUGAUAUCUAGGUCACAUGUGCUCAAAAACUAGGUCACUAUGUCAAAUAAUAGAAAUAACGACGUCAUACUCAGUUGAACACUGGGUCAUUUGGGGAUAGGUGAGCGAUUCAGGACCAUCAUGGUCCUCUUGUUUAACACAGUAUGGCAAAAAGAUGGACUUGAACUAGGUAUUUUUUCUAAAACAGUUUAUCAAUUAAUUUGUUAAAUUUGCAAAUUAAAAAUCCUAUCUAUUUUUUUAGUAUGAUAAAAAAAUAUUUUAAAAUCACAUUGCUUUUCGUGGGACAGUAAUAUUAUCAUCGUUUGGGGAAAUUUUUUCCUAGGAUUGACGAUGUAGACUGUCACUCUUGAAGCGGUGUGAUGUUUAUAUACUGUACACAAUUCUUAGUGGCAUAUAUGUAUACGAAAAUUACUUUUAUUAUGUUCCAUUUUCUGAUUUUAGAAAGUAGAAGAUGGUCUAUCAUUUGUUUAUGUAUAAUUUCAUAAGAUCUGAUGAAAACGAAAGUGUUAUUUUUUUAAUGUAGUAAUACGGGUUAAUGUGAUCACAUCUACAUGUUAAACAAGAACUACUUUGUUAUUGCUUUAAGAUGAGCAAAUUUGUUUGUACCAAAAGAUGAUCUAAAUACACUUUUAUCUGAUGUUUUUAAAAAUUGAAAUGAGAAUAAAUAAAGAGCUUCUGUGCUCCUUUUAAGCAAUA